AUCCCAUCUUUUGUUUUGUUUUCAAAUUUUUCGGUCGUUCGGACGUGUGUCGCGGAGGCCCGUUCCAUCGCCGUUGGUUUUAAAUCGAAACAAUCGUUGCUAUUAAAUAUUAAAUAUAUUUAAAGUGGCUAUAGAUACUUGGAUAAAAAGUGCUUACAAAUUCAAAGUUUUAAAUAAAAAAAAACCGAGGUAAUUACAACGAAAGAAAAUGGCGGCUCAGCAAACAGAAAAGAGCAGUCGCGACACCAGCAACAACUGAGCAAGAAAUUCAGCUUAAAAGAAACCAGCGGGGAAAAAACCGUCAACAUUCGUCUGCCUGAAAUUAAUCUGGUUUUUAUGUUUUACUCGCGCGCCGCAGACAUAAAAUAAAGACAACAACAAGCAGUGGGUCUCGGUGUGUGUGUGUGUGUGCGUUUCAUGCCGUUUGUUUGUUUGUCUCCUGUUUUUGUGGAAAAGGCCAUAAAAAACGUGAAAUUCAUUAAGCUACAAAAGCAACAAUUACGAGCAUUUUACAUUGUUUACAUUUUGUGUGCCAGCUUUUCGUUGCGCCAGUGAUUUAUGCGAUUUGUCGAACGAAAGGAGAAGGGGAGGCGAUACCUCAGACAGGGCCUGGAAAAUAGUAAUUUUUACUCGUUAGGAGUCGGCGCAGAUACGGCCCCGGCGGCCAGUAGAGGCCCGUAAUAACCAUGCAUCGUUCGCUGAAGCCGCACUCGAAUACCGCACAGGCUAAGAAGGUGCAACCGCCAACGAUACCAGGUGACUCGCCGCCGGAACUGCAUCAUUACCAGCAGCCGCAGCAGCACCACCAGCAUAGUUCGCACCACCAUCCGCACCACCAGCCGCUGAUACCGCUCUACCGGCUGAGCGGACCGCUGCGCCAUCACCAGAACCACCAGGCGGACGAUGGGAUCAGCAUGAGCGGCAGCAGCAUCGUUUCGUCGCCCUCGCUGGAGGAGGGUGGCUUCAAUCUGCCCCGGGAGACGAGUGUGGCUCUGCGUCUCAAGGAUGAAGUGAAUGGCUCGGCUCCUACUGCUCCUGUAGGAGGUGCGGGAGGAGGAGGAGGAGCGGCGGUGGUGGGAGCCCCACCACCAGGAACUGGAAAAUCUGGAGUUGCCAUGGUCCCGCCACCACCCGUUUUCUGUGCCACUCUGCGCGAACCGCUGACCCACAAGGCGGCCGUCUACUACCACCAGCAGCUGGCCCUGCAGGAGGAUCAGGGCAUCGAUCUGACCCAGUCGCCGGGCCGAGAUUCGCCGGGCUCUUCCUCGGGCUCGGCCGGCUCCGGAUCUCGCCACAGCACCGCCAGCUUGGACUCGGGUCGGGCCUCCUCCUACCUGACCGGCGUGUCCUCGUCCGGAGCCUCGAUUCGGGCGCCGCUCUCCUCGCCGCGCUGCAGUUCCGUGAGCUCGUGCUCCAUUGGCAGCGUGGAUCGGCAGCGCAACGAUGAGCUCAUCAUCGACUGGCUGCUGGAGAUGAAGCACGAGGAGUACGCCCAGCUGUUCAUCGCCGCGGGCUACGAUCUGCCCACCAUUGCGCGCAUGACGCCGGAGGAUCUCACCGCCAUUGGCAUCAAGAAUCCGCACCAUCGCGAGCGGAUCAAGCAGCGGAUCGACAAGCUGCAGGUGCUCGACAAUUUGCCGCAUUUUGUGCCGGGAUCCAUAGAGGAGUGGCUGCAGCUGUUGCGCCUGGAGGAGUACAUCCAGCCGUUACUGGAGCAGAACUACAAGACGGUGCGCGACGUGACGCAAGUGACUUGGGAGGAUCUCGAGGACAUUGGCAUUGUCAAGCUGGGCCACCAGAAGAAGAUCCUGCUGGCCAUCAAGCGGGUGAAGGACAUCAUCAGCGGAAAGUGGAAUCCGGGCGGCGCCAAUGCCUACCAACAACAGGUGCGCCAGCCGCGCGGCAAGAGCCUGGAAUCGUUGGAGGACAUCCACGACAACAGCACGCGCAGCCAUCUGACCUUCAGCCAUUACACGACCACGGACUACGGCCACUUUGGGCCGCCCACAACGGCGGCGGCUGCAGCGGCCAUGGCCGCGGCUGCAACGCUCCAGCAGCAGCAGCACCAUCACCAGCAGCUGCUCCACCAGCAACAGCAGCAGGCGGCUGCCGCCCGUCUCCUGGGCAAUCCGCCGCCCAUUGGAUGGCGGCGGUCCUACGACGAUGGCGACAUCACACCCACCAACGAUGCCACGAGGGAGCUGCUAUACGAGCAGGAGGGCGGUGGCACGUUGCCACGCCAACAGCGAGGCAUCCUGCAGAGAGCGGUGCUGAACACGAUGCCGCCGCUGGAGCACCACCACUACAUGAAUGCGGCGGCGGCGGCGGAGUACGGAGCGGCCGGCGGUGUGGAGGGAGGAGCGAACUAUUUGAGCGGCAGCCCCUUGACGGGCAAGAAGAUAGCUCCAGAGCCACCUAGACGCCACUGCAGCAUACGCAACUCCCGCACGCUGAGCGGAGAGGGAGUGCCGUCGGGAUCGGUUGCGCAGGCGCAUCAGCAGGCAGCCCAGCAGCAGCAGCAACAGGCGCAACACAUGUUCUAUGGCCACACCGCGCAGCACUGGCAGCAGCAGCAGGCGGGAGCGGGGAGUGGUGGUCAGCAGCCCAUCUACGCCAACUAUGCCACCAUUCAGCAGACAACGGCCGAGAUCCACUGCGAGAAGUAUCACGACAAUAAGUCGACCUCGAGCAUCGAUUCCAUUGAUACGAUACCCUUUGCCAACGAGAACACAGGGACGAUCAAGCAGCGGCUGCUCAACCGCCAGGAGCUGCAGGCCAGUGGAGUGGGCACCAACAACGCCCCCGGUGGCGGUGGCCAUCCCGCCCACCUGCACUCGUCCAGCUCGAGCUCCAGCUCCUCCUCCACGAACACCAUUGCAAACAUAGCGCACUCGUUCCAUUCGCUGAAAUCUUCCAGUUCGCUGCACGACGCCACCCUGGCGCGGAGUGAAAGCAUGGGCAGCACGGCCAGCGGCGGAAGUGCCUUGCACCUGCGUUCGCCCACUCUGGAUCUGUCCAAUCCCGGGGGAUCAGCGGUGGAUCCAAUCAGUUCGCCGGAGUCGACAGCUCCAGCUGUGGCCAUAAACACAGGAGUUCCGCCGAAAGUUUCGGUUAACGUUCUAAACGACAUUGGCAAUAUGCUGGCCAAUCUCACGGACGAGUUGGACGCCAUGCUCGAGGAGGAGAAGCGAGUGGGCCUCAACAUAGACAGUGAAUAAAUCUCCAAUCAAACAACAAAUCGUAGUGUAGCUGAAUUUUCCGGUAGAACUCGUGGUGUAUCUUGUAAUGUCUUACGUACUUCAACCUAGUUAAGUUCAAUUUGUUUUUGUAUUUUUUAUUCCAAAUGCAUAGGAGGAAGCAGUCGUGUUUAGUUGUAUCCUGUAUCAUUUCGAUAUACACGUUGUGUAGUAAAAGUAAACUAAAUCUGAAAAGCUUUCGACAAACCAUGAAUGAAUACUUUUGUACUUUUCCUAAACUCUCUCGUCCCAUUCCCAAAAAAAUUUGAGUGUUAACGAUACAAAAUGAAAAUAUCCAAGUAAACGAAGAAUGGUAAAUGAAGCGCAACAUGCAAAUACGCAGCACUUGCAUAGUUAUUAUAUAGCAUAAAAUAUAUAUAAUUCUAUAUAUAAAUAAAUAUUUAAACGAAAUCAUUUAUAUGGACAAGUAUUCAGUGGUUCGAUACUAUGCGACAGAGAAAGGCAAGAAAUGAACCAUACGGCACACUCUUAAACACACACAAAACAAACCAGACAAGAACUACUAUUUAGAGAUCCCCUUCAGACAAUUUAAAAUUGCAUUAAAGUAUAUUUUUUCUAAUUUCUUUUGAACAUUUUUUUGAACCAGCCUGCACAGACAUUUUUCUGUUUCUUACGAUUACAACUGAAAUCAAACUAUGUGAAAUGAAUGUAUAAUUAAGUGUUAUUCCAUACAAAGUAAAAGAUGCAUUAUAUAAAAUAUAAAUCGUAUAUUAGCGUUACGUUAAGAAAUCAAGAAUGGAAGGAGGAACCGAAUCCAUCUUUAUAAAUUAUUUUUAAUCGAGCAUUGAUGCUGAAUAACGUUUAGAAUUCCUCGGUAUACACUUGAAUUGCCUUCUCUUUAUAAUUUACAUAAAUAAAAAUCUUUUAGUGAAAAGUUUGGUUUUGAGAGCAUUUUUCGUUUCCUGUUUAUUGCGCUCAGUUGAAUAUUUGUUUGGUGCGCAUAUCAUUAGAGGAAAUUGGAGAACUCGAUUAUAAACGCAUAUAAGAAGCGUUAAAGAAUUAAAUACAAAUAAAAUCACAAACAUGUAAAGCACAUAAAGGGCAAAACAAAAAUUAUGAAAACCAUUAACAAAUAAAGUAAACUUUCAUAGUAA